GCUUAAAAGCGAUUGUCGCUGUCACACGAACACAUCUGGUCGCUUGUCAUUACCAUCCGCGAUAGCUUCCUCUCGCAAUAUUUUUGUUUUUCUGUUAUUUAACUUCACAGAGUGGCUGGAGCUAUGUGGAAUUCCUGUCACCUUUUUUGCCUGUGCCUGAUUUCAGCGAUAACACAAACAUGCUUCUCGUACGAGCUGGCCAAGCACCACGACUACGAUGACUUGAAACGAACACUGAAAGACGUCAGUGCCAAAUGUGAAGACAUUUCUCGGGUCUACUCUUUACCAGGGGAAACGGUAGAAAAGCGAAAACUGUGGGUGAUCGAGUUGUCGGACAACCCAGGGAAACACGAACCAGGUAAACCAGAGUUUAAGUAUGUGGGGAACAUGCAUGGUAAUGAGGUGGUGAGCCGAGAGGUGCUGCUGAAGCUGGCUGAUUAUCUGUGUGAUCAGUACAACCAGGGGAACCACACCGUGCAAUGGAUCAUCAACAACACACGCAUACACAUCAUGCCCUCCAUGAACCCAGAUGGGUGGGAGGCAGCCAACAACAGCCCCAGAGAAACGGAUGGGAAGAAGAACUGGCUGAGAGGUAGAAGUAAUGCGCGUGGUGUGGACUUGAACCGCGUGUUCCCUGAUCUGGACGCAAUCCUGUACCGAGAUGAAGUUGACGGGGAGACACAGCACAACAACCACCUGGAGAAGCUGGCCCUGGCUGUGCAGGACACACCCACUGAAGCACCCGAGGCCCAGAUGGUGAUCCAGUGGCUGUUCCAGUACCCGUUUGUUCUCUCUGCCAACCUCCAUGGGGGUGACCUUGUGGCUAACUACCCAUUUGACUCCACCCGCUCCGGGAAGCAGAGAGAGUAUACAGCAUCCCCAGAUGAUGCCACUUUCAGAUACUUAGCUGAGAUGUAUGCUCUCCCUCAUGGACUCAUGGCCAAGAAACAUAAACCCUGUGAUAUGAGUGGAGAUGACAAGUUCUACAAACAAGGGGGGAUAACCAAUGGUGGAGGAUGGUACUCUGUCACCAAAGGUAUGCAAGACUUCAACUAUCUGGCCACAAACUGUUUUGAAAUAACCCUGGAGUUAGGCUGUGACAAAUUCCCACCAGCAGCUGAUCUGCCUAUGUACUGGGAGCAGAACAAGGAUGCCCUCGUCAACUACAUCCUACAGAGUCAUGUUGGAAUUAAGGGCAUGGUGGUUGACAGAGUGUCUGACACCCCGAUCUCAGGUGCCACAGUCAAGGUGUAUAACAUGACAGAUGGGAAGUACCAGUACAUCAACCAUGACAUCACCUCAGCCAAAGGUGGCGACUACUACCGUCUGUUGAUUGAUGGCCAGUACCGUGUGGAUGUCCAGGCUCCGGGCUAUCGCACCGCCACCAAAUGUCUGGUCGUGGAAAAUGAUGUGAUGAAUGGCGCCCAGGUUGUGCACUUUGAAUUGUCUCCCCUGGGUGAGAAAGUAGAGGGCAUUGAAGACAGUGGCUGCCCAGAUCAUGUGAAUGGGAUUGAAGAGAUUGAGGGUGAUGAUGAAGAAUAUGAGUCUCUGCUGAAGGAUUUGCUGGGGCGUCUGCGCGAGUACUUCAGCACGGAAUACCAGGACUAAAGUUCGCGGAAUUGGGCUGGGAGGAGAAAGGGCCCGCUGGUUAUCAGGAUGUGUCCUCAGCUGCAGAAUCAUGCCAUGACCACUUUAUCUGGCAAACACAAAGUUUACUUUCUCCAUUAAUUUGUUUCAAAUCUGAACCCUGUUAUCAGAUGCCCUAGAAUCAACAUAUUUUGCAUUCCAUAGGAUGAUCACUUAACAAGUGUUUUUCAGCAACUUGAGAACAAAGCUGGUGGUUCAUGUUGAGAUAAUUAUCUUUUACAUUACAUAAAUGACUUGUUUACAUUGCCUGCAUUAUAUCAUUCAAUUUGAUGACCAACAAGCUUUCAAAAACUUUCUUUCACAGGUGUUUUAGCACAAGUGAUAUUGACACAAGUUUUAUCUUGAUAUGUGUAGUCCCAUGUUGACAUUUUUGUCUCAAUUCUUUUUUUACAUUAUAUUUGUUUUUAUUUGCUUAUUUCAAAUCUAGACAGAUAGUCAGUAAAAUGCGUCUGUGUGAGAGGAGUUCCAAUCAGCAGGAUCUGUAAAAGUGCAAUGGUCAUGGCAAGUACAUUAUUAAUGUGUAGUUUGAAAGUCCACACUUGAACUUGCAAUUUACUACAGAUAUAUUUCUUUACUUUUUGACAGUUUUUUUUUAUCCACAGAGGCGUAAAUACUUUUUUAUGCAUAUGGUGGAAAAGUUUGAGGUCACAGACACACAGAACUGCAUAUGGCAAAGUCUGUAUACUGUACGGGUACAUGUUAUGUAUUGAGUACCGACUGUCUCAGAGUCACAUAUGGGAACAUAUUCUCUGCAAGAGUGCAAUAUCCAAUGUUAUGUUUGUACAAAUUUUUUUUUGUGUACAUUUUUUCUUUGAAGUUUGACUCUAAUUUAAGAUAGGUAUUUCUAAACAAACAAAAAGGGUAGCUAACCUAUUGCAUGUAGAAAGUUAAGGUUUUGUCUUUUUAAGAAAAAGUGAAUAGUACAAACCUGUUUUUCCUGCUUUUCCCAACAAGUAUUUGUGGAGGAUUCUCAGUCAUUGUUAAAGUCCCAGGGAUACAUUUAUCCAUAGUAUUUUUGUUGCAUAUGUAUAUAUUCUGUUACUUGUUACAAACGAAACACUAUUUAUGAUUCCUUCCUUUUGAAAAUACAUGUUAUUUUUGUGGCCAGUGUUUAAUAGUGAUUUACAAAAAAAAAAUGAUUUACAAAAAAUAUUGUAAGCUGUAUUACAAAUUACAAUUAAGUCAUAUUAAGCCAAGCCAAGUUUGGAUACAUCUUAAAAACAAAAAUUGGGAUGAAAAGGCAGUAUUGAAAGCCUUGCCAUGUUAUCAUACAUGUAAAGUUGUGACUACAGUACUUUUACUUGUCUUAUAUAAUUGGGUUCAUACUGAAUGUUAUAAAAUAUGUACCAAGUAUUCUAGUCCUUUAAGCUGGCAUCUUAAGGCAUGCAUCACCCACCCCCAAGUGUCAUUUCAAGGCAUAUAUUGAAGUUCACAAUGUUCAAGUGUAGAAAUCGAGAAUAUAUCAUUUGUAUAUUUAUGUAAAUGGGUAGUCUUCGGCCGUACGUGGGAAGGUCUUCCAGCAACCUGCAGAUGGUCGUGGGUUUCCCCUGGGCUCUGCCCGGAUUCCUCCCACCAUAAUGCUGGCCGCCAUUGUAUAAGUGAAAUAUUCUUGAGUACGGCAUAAAACACCAAUCAAAUAAAUAAAUGGGUAGUACAUAUAUAAUUGAGAAAUAUUUUAAAAGUAGCAGAACAGAGCUUUAAAAUUAAAUGUUUUACUGGUGAUAAAUUUAUAGCAGGUUGUUGUGCUCCAUUCUGUGUUUGCAUUGAAAUGUAUCAACAUAUGCAUGCCUUACCUCAGAUUUCUUGUUCCCAAGGAUGUGCUAGUCUAGGGCGGUAUUCAUCAAACCCUCUUAGCAUUAUGAACAUGUAACAGCCCUGGCAACAUAAUGCCUACAGUGCUGGUUGCCGUGGUAGUUACAUGAACGUGAUGAAUCUAAUCCCUGAUCUCUUAUACAGAUGAUCUGAUUCCUGAGACUAGGGGUAUUCAGAUCUGAUGAUGUGAUGUAGUGUUGUAUUGAACAUCACAUUACAACAGGAAGUAUUUUUGUUAGUGUUACCUCACAAAGUCACUAAGAACAUGGGUCAUUAAAAAUUUCAAAAUUUACUGGAAAACUGUAUUUACAGCCUAAUGAGAUUUUUUCUGUAUAGUGCAUGUAUUCUGUACAGUAUUUGUAGAUACAGACCUUUAUUGGAACAGCCUGUGUUUGUACCAGCGAAACCAACACAUCUAAGUCUUCAAAUUUCAAACUUUGUGUGAUCUGUAAAUACUAAGGUACAUUUUAUAGAUAUGACAAGGUUUUAAGUAACGAAGUCAUUUGAUUUUUGUCAUGCUAGUUUAUGUAUGGCAGAAUGGAAAGUGUCUAUUUUUAAAGGAAGUAAGGCUGCACCAAAAAGUACUUAAACUUCAUUCACCUCACAGAGAAGGCUGACAAGGAGUUGUUAAUGUCCUGAUGUUCAAGUGUAAAACUUCAAUUCACACAAACAUUACUGCCAAGUUGACUAACAUCUUAAAUUUAUUGAUGAAAUUUGUAGAAACCCACCAAAUGAGUUUGUCUGUGAUGUAUUUUGUUGUCUUGUCUGAAUAAAAAAA